AUGGAGGGUGACCCAACCCUCCCCGCCGGCCCUGUGGUCCUCUUCAUGGCCAGGGCUAGCGAUCUCAAUGACCAUCCCUACGCCCGAGGUCUCGGCACCACUCUGACCGAGGUCCAAAUGCACGAAUACCUCCGCUCCACCCUAAUCUUGAUCGCCGCUGAGCACCGCAAGAGAUACGGUGUGCUGGGGUGCCGCCCUUUGAAGAUGCAGACAAUCGUCCAUAAACCCAACGCUAAGAUCUCCCGCGGCUCCAAGAUCUCUCAUUACAUAUGGGCGGUGCUGGAGGAAGCCCGUGCCAACAUGAAGGAAUGCAUCAUCGUACUCAACGGGUGGGAUGGAUGGACCACCGACCCUGCUACCCUGGGUGAUUUGUGCGACUGCUUCACAGAAGUUCCCAUCACCAUUCGUGUUUAUGCUGGGACUCCCCGUCAGUUCUAUGAUGCUAAUGCUCAUACCGUUAACGACUUCCUUGGCCGUGAGGUUCAGGCUGAUGAUCUUGUUGUUCAUAUGGACCGUGACACUGGCCUUUUUAUUCGCAUGUUUAAUGCCCUGGGGGCUUUACAUUAUGAUGUUCCUUACUCUGCUGAGAGGGCUGAAUCUCUUGUUGCGUAUGACUCUCGCCUUGCUAGGCCUUGA